CUUUUAAACUGGAUUAGAGUGAAUUCUCCUCACUUCCAUCCUGUCAAGGCAAAGUCAAGAGAGAGAACACUUGUGUAGGUCUACAGAAGACAAUUGCGAAUGAUUACAACUGCAAACACAAUGAAGACAGGAAUCCUACAGAUAUUGCUGGUAUUGAAAUGUUUCUCUGACGUAACAUAUACAACUUCCACAACUCCACCUCAAGGAAGGAUCGUUAAAGGACUGUGUUCAAAAAGAACCUGCUGCAAAGGCACUGAUCAAACCUGUUUUAUUGGAACCUGCUUUUGUGAUGAAGGAUGUCAGCGCUUUGAUGACUGCUGUGAAGAUUAUGUACCUGUAUGCACAGCUGAAGCUUCAACCACUUCUGUCCUUCCAACGACCAUGACUGCAGUCCCCAUUACUACCAAAACUGAGACUUCAGCAGCUUCUGUCCAUACAACUACAAUCACAACAGUACUAUUGUCAAGCACAAAUGAAGCGUAUUCAAGACAAUCUACCGCAAUAACUACCACAACUGAGCCUUCAUCAUCAGCAUCUGCCCCAACAACGACAAAACCAUCAACAAACUCUGCCCAUAUAACUACCACAACUGAGUCGUCAACGACUUCUUUCCCUUCAACAACUACAACAUUUAUACCUAUAAGUAGCACAACUGAAGCUUCAAUAACUUUAAUCCCUACAAUUACAAUAGCUGAAGGUUCAACAACUGUCCCGACAACAGCCACAACAUUUGUACAUAGGACAACUGAGCCUUCAACAACAGCAUCUGUCCCAACAACAAUAAUCAAGCCAUCUACAACUGCGCUAAUAACUACCACAUCUGAGUCUUCAACAACUUCUGUCCCUUCAACAACCACAACAAUUAAACCUAUAAGUACCACAAAUGAGGCCUUACGUACCACAGCUGAAGCUUCAACAACUUUUAUCCCUACAAUGGCAACAGCAGAAGCUUCAACAACAUCUGUCCCUAUAACUACCACAAAAACUGUACCUAUUACUACCAUAACUGCAGCAGAUUCAACUACAUCUCUUCCUCCAACAACUUCAAUUACAACUUCUGUCCCUAUAUCUACCAUAAAUGAGUCUCCAACUACUUCUGUUCCUUCAACGAUGACAAGCACACCUAUAAGUACCACAACUGAAGCUUCAACAACUUUAAUCCCUACAAUUACAACAGCUGAAGCUUCAACAACUUCUGUCCCUAUAACUACCACAAAAACUGUACCUAUUACUACCAUAACUGCAGCAGAUUCAACUACAUCUCUUCCACCAACAACCUCAAUUACAGCUUCAACAACUUCUGUCCCUAUAUCUACCAUAAAUGAGGCUCCAACGACUUCUGUCCCUUCAACAAUGACAAGCACACCUAUAAGUACCACAACUGAAGCUUCAACAACUUUAAUCCCUGCAAUUACAACAGCUGAAGGUUCAACAACUUCUGUCCCUAUAUCUACCAUAAAUGAGGCUCCAACGACUUCUGUCCCUUCAACAACCACAACAUUUAUACCUAGAAUACUAGUGCUCUACAGCGUCAACAUCAGUCCCUACAACUAUCACAACAGGGCCUUCAACGGCUUCUGCACAUUUAACUGCCAUAACGGAGGAUCCCACAAAAACACCAGCACAUAUAAUUACCAAUACUACUGCAUCUACAUCAACUUCGCUCCUAACAACUUUGAUAGGUGUGGCCAACGCUUCUACAACACCCACAACAAAACUGACAACAGCAACAGCCACCACCACAGCUACUAUCACUCCAUCCAGUGCCAAACCUGUGACUGCAGCACCCACCUCAGCCAGCACUGCUACCCCAAGGCAGGAUCAAUCAUCACUCAGGCUGAUCUGGUCUUCAACUCUACAGAGUCAUUGCCCAGUAAUGAACAGAUUGUCAGCACUUUGAGAAAUGCCAUCACCAAUUCACAAAUCUCAUUUGACAUCGACCCCAACUCCAUUGUAAUCACAUCUGCAUCCCCCAGUGGAGUCUCCCGUACGACCAGUGUGCUCACAGCCUCCUCUCUGGCCAUGGUGUCACUGCUGCUCUCCCACUGCUGGUAG